AAUAUCUCACCCCCUUUCGGGACCCAAUUCUCCGACCCUACGGCGAACCGUCUCCGCUACCAAUGGCGCCACCACCAGCUCUCCUCCUCCUCCUCGGCCUCACGCUCGGCCUCCUCCUUUCGCCGGCGGCGUCGCUCUCCAUCGGCGUCAACUACGGCACCCUCGCUGACAACCUUCCGCCGCCGGCGCAGGUGGCGGCUUUCCUCAAGGAGAGCACCUUCAUCGACCGCGUCAAGCUGUUCGACUCCAACCCCGAUCUCAUCCGCGCAUUCGCCGGCACCGGCAUCUCCGUCAUGAUCACAGCCCCCAACGGCGACAUCCCCUCCCUCGCCAAGCUCCCCGGCGCCCGCGCUUGGGUCGCCGCCAACGUCGCCCCCUUGUACCCCGCCACCAACAUCUCCCUCAUUGCCGUCGGCAACGAGAUCAUGGCCACCGGCGACCGCUCCCUCAUCGCCCACCUCGUCCCCGCCAUGCGCUCCCUCUCCGCCGCCUUGGGCCAGGCCGGAUUCCCCAAGAUCCGCGUCUCCACGCCCCAUUCCCUCGGGAUUCUCUCCGCCUCCGAGCCGCCGUCCUCCUCCCGGUUCCGGCGAGGCUACGAUCGGGUCGUCUUCUCUCCGAUGCUGGAGUUCCACCGGAAAACCAAAUCCCCGUUCGUCGUCAACCCCUAUCCCUACUUCGGCUACAAUCCGAGGACCUUAAACUACGCCCUGUUUAAGCCUAACGCCGGGGUGUUCGAUCCCGUCACGAAGAUCAACUACACCAACAUGUUCGACGCGCAGCUCGACGCCGUUUACACCGCGAUGAAGAAGCUCGGAUACGGCGACGUGGAGAUCGCCGUCGGUGAGACGGGGUGGCCGUCGGCGGCGGAGCCGGGGCAGGCCGGGGUGAGCGUGGAGGACGCGGCGACGUUUAACGGCAACUUGAUACGGAACGUGAACUCCGGGAAAGGCACGCCGUUGAUGCCGCAUCGGACGUUCGAGACUUACAUCUUUGCCCUGUUUAACGAGAACCUGAAGCCCGGGCCCAUCGCGGAGCGCAACUGGGGACUCUUUCAACCGGAUUUGACUCCGGUCUACAACGUCGGCCUUACGAAAACUCCGUCCGGUGGUCGCGGUGGUGCGGCGCCGGCGCCGUCGGUGGGGUCGAGCAGGAAGUGGUGCGUGCCCAAGUCCGGCGCGAGCGAGGCGGCGCUGCAGGCGGACAUAAACUACGUGUGCAGCAGCGGGAUCGUGGACUGCAAGCCGAUCCAGGAAGGAGGGGCGUGCUUCCUCCCCAACACCAUCCAGGCUCACGCCGCCUUCGCCAUGAACGCCUACUACCAGGCCGCCGGCCGCCACGACUUCAACUGCGACUUUUCCAACUCCGCCGUCAUCACCACCGCCGACCCCAGCUUGGGGAGCUGCAAGCUUAGCUCGUGAACGUCGGACCGCGCAGCUAGCCUCCGGAGUCGGUGUCUAUCUUCAUUUAUUUAUUUCCUGCUUUUAUUUUACUCGCUGAGUUCUCUCGGCCUUCAUCGUUGGUGAGCUUCUUUUGGCUAGUAUUGUAUCUAUCUAUGUAUUAGUUGAAUUGGUGGAAGUUUUGAGUCUGAUGCUGUAACACUUUAACAGCGAAGCAACAACGGUUUCAACUAAUUAAUGUUGUUAAUCAUUUAUUAGUAGGCUUUUUGGCGUUUAAAAAGCUCUCCA